GUCAUGACGCUGACAGCCUAUGGCGUAAAGAAUGUCUUCGGAUGCGUUGGGGGAUAUAAAGGCAUGGUGAAGCCAGAGACAUGGAUGAAGUUGACCCCACACGUGGUGCAAGACAUCCACAAGAAGGGCGGCACCAUCUUAGUCAGCGACCGAGGGAAUCCUCCACACAUGGACAUCGCCAAGAUGCUCCAAGAAAAGAACAUCAAGCAGUACUUUGUCAUCGGCGGAGAUGGCACCCAAGCAGGAGCCUUUGAAACCUUCAGAUGCACCAAAGAGAUUGAACAUGAAGUGGCAGUGGUGGGCGUGCCCAAGACGAUCGACAAUGACAUCCCCGUCUUGGACAGGUCCUUUGGUUUCAACACCGCCUGUAGCGAGGCGGAACGUGCCAUCUCUUCGGCUUACGUGGAGGCAACUUGCAACUCCCAUUGCAUCGGCUUGGUGAAGCUCAUGGGUCGUCACUGUGGUUUCAUCGCAUUGCACGCCACCCUGGCUGCUCGCAGCGUUGAUCUAUGCCUGUUGCCCGAGAUGGACGUCUCGUUGCCGCGGGUCUUGAGCUACUGCAUGCACCUGAUGAAGACCAAGGGACACGCGGUGAUCGUGGUGGCCGAGGGAUGCGGUGACACCUUGUUGAAGAGCAGUGGGGAACGCGAUGCAGGCGGCAAUAAGAAGCUGGCAGAUGUGGGCCCCUGGCUGCGAGACCAGAUCCUGUCCUAUGCCAAGAGGUGCGGCGAGCCUCGCAGUUUUGCACCAGUUGUUGUUUCGUAG